GUGAUUCAUGCCGUUCAUGCCCUUCAUGCCCCAAGGAGUGAUAAUUUUUGGAAAUUAGAGUGCAAUUUAUGGAGUGAAGAUAAAUAUUGAGAAGUGAGUGAUCAUUUGGAGGAGUCCUCCAAAAGUGCUUGUAGAGGAAGAAUACAUUCGCAAUGCCGGCUUAUCAUUCAAGUUUUGUCAAAGAUGGUAGUUCCUUGGGGAAUCUGGCAUUACUGCCACUGAAGACGAGUUUCCGAGGCCCAGCCCCUCCUUGUUCCCCAGGAACGGAGCAGGAUAUCAUCGACGAGGCGUUGUAUUUUUUUAGGGCUAAUGUAUUCUUCAGGACGUACGAAAUUAAGAGUGAAGCCGAUAGAGUAUUGAUUUACAUUACCCUUUACAUCACAGAGUGUCUGAAAAAGCUCCAAAAAUGUGCAAAUCAGAAUCAAGCUCUCAAUGAAAUGUAUUCCCUCGCGAUUUCAAAGUUUGAUAUUCCAGGGGAUCCAGGAUUUCCUCUGAAUUCAGUUUACGCUAAGCCUAGUAGUACAACAGAAGCUGAUCAAAUGAGGCAAUAUCUACAGCAAAUAAGACAAGAAACAGCGGCUCGUCUGGUGGAAAGAGUCUACAGUGAUAACGGCAAACCCAGCAAAUGGUGGCUGUGUUUUGCCAAGAAGAAGUUCAUGGACAAGACUCUCUCACGUCCAGGGCAAUAAAACUUACGCCAAAAAUUCUUUACAGUUAUUUCUCACUUUGUUCAAUAAUUUUUCUUUUAUACAAAAUGAAAAGCUCAAGAAAUAAAUCCAUUAAGGCAAAAUA